UUUGACAACUGUGAGAACGGACAGUACCCGGUUCUUACAAACAGAAGGCAGGAUGUCCGAACUGAGUGAUGAGGCCAGUGAAUCAGAGCAGUUUGGCUCCAGCCUCUCCCUGUGGCUUGGUGACACUGUGGUCCGACCUGAAGAGCUCAAUGUUUCCCUGGACCUCCACACCGCCUGCUCCAUAGGCCAGUAUGACGUUGUGGCCGAGUGCAUCAAAAAGCGAGAGGUGAACCUGGAUGGGAAGAACAUCGGGGGCUGGACUCCCCUGAUGUAUGCAUCUUACAUUGGUCACGACAACAUCGCUAAUCUCCUAUUGGAGGCUGGGGUGAAUGUGAAUGCCACCACCGCCAAAGGCCUCACCCCCCUCAUGCUGGCUGCCAGCUGUGGCAAUGAAAGCAUUGCCUACUUUCUGCUGCAGCAAGGAGCUGAGUUGGAGUUGAAGGAUUGCCGGGGCUGGACAUCCCUCCUCCACUGCACCAGCACAGGCCAUCAGCAGAUGGUCAAGUUCCUGUUGGACAACAAUGCUAAUGCAAAUGUCAAGGAGCCGGUGUCUGGCUUCACUCCUCUGAUGGAGGCAGCAGCCUCUGGACAUGAAAUCAUUGUUCAGUAUCUGCUGGACCAUAGGGUGAAGAUAGAUGAGAGGAAUGCUAAAGGAGAAACAGCCCGAGCUCUCGCCAUGACGUUUGGCUACACCAAGAUUGCCAGCCUCAUAGACUCACGCUCUCCUAAGGUCAAACCAGAACACUUUGAAGACCUGAGCUCCUCUGAGGACUCAGACAGCGCCCCCUCCAGGCUGAGGCCAAGCCGGAGCCGAACCAAAGGGCCCAGCAUCCAUGAUGGACCCCAGGCCAUUGCCAAGUUCAGAGUAGGCGGAACCGCCACCAAACCCUGCGAGCGGGCCGCUGUUCCGCCAGGGUACAUGACAUUCCGCGACGUCGGGGAACCAAGUGCUGGGAUCUGUUACCGGGAUGUCACCUCACCCAUCAACGAGCUGGAUGGGCAGAGCAACAGCAGCAGAGAGGAGAGUCCAUUCUUUGAUAAUGACAUGCCCACCAUGAGGAGCAGCAGCAGCAGUAGCGAGUGUCUGCCCCGUGUGGUCGCUCUCAGUUGGGAAGAUUCUCUGGAGAGCAAUGAGGACUCUGACCAGUCCAAGAAGAGUAGCUCUCGCCGAGUAAACAAGAGCCAUCACUCUAAAGGUAAAAUACGUCAUACCAAUAACCACACUGUGCAGUCCAGCGGCACUGGGAACUGUGGGAUGCGCCCUCCUGUUGUUCCACCCCCGUCCUACACCGGUCCCAAGGAUUUGGCAGAGUUCCUAGAGCAGAUUGGCUUUUCCAAGUACCUCCCCCUGCUGGAAGAGCAAGACAUCGACCUGAGGAUAUUUCUGACCCUCACCGAGAAUGAUCUUAAAGAAGUGGGGAUCACGCUGUUUGGACCCAAGCGUAAGAUGACCUCUGCCAUCGCCAGGUGGCACAGCAGUGCCCGGCCACCCAGCGACGCCCUGGAGCAGGCCUAUGCCGACCAACUGGAGGCCGAGAUGCAGGAGAUGGCUAUCCAGCUACACAAGAGGUGUGAGGAGGUGGAGAGCUUGCAGGGUCAGGUGUCCCAGGAGAGGGAGUUGCGUACGGUGAUGGAGGGAUGUCUCAUGGAAGACAAGAUGGCGUGGAGGAGGGUCCAUACCGAACUGGUGGAGUCCCACCGGCUGUCCCAAGAGAUGAGCGCCAACCUCGAGAAGGCUCGCACCUGUCGGGUGGAGCUGUUCUCCUUGCUGGGCGCUGGCGAAGGGGAGGACAAGAGGAGAGAUGACACCGGAGGUGAAGGUAAGGAUGGUUUGGAGCCCAGCCAUGUGUCAGAGCUGAUGAAGAAGCUGGACUGCUAUGAGGAAGAACUAGCGGGGACCCUGCAGACAGUCCUCCAGAACCUGCGGCGAUUGAGCCUUCCAGAGAAGCUCACAGACAGCUGGGAACGACCUUGACCUUCACAGGGGCUCAUGACAAUACUGACGGAGGGUGAGCAACCACCCUGAACACACUCAACAGGACUGGAAAUGGCUGGCAAAGAGGGCAGCGCUGCCCAACCAGAGAGGCCUGCAGACCGAGCCAGUCGGCCAGCGAACUAGCCCCCACUUCAGCUUCUCUGCUGCGGGACACGGAUGAGGGCAGAUGAUGGCUGCUGUCAGGGGAAUGACAAGCUGGCAGGAAGGGUUCUGACCCGGGCCUACCUAUGCUGGUGUGUGUCGGACCGCCAAUGCAUUACAGACAAUGGGAGACUGAAGAGAAUCGGAGGCAACUGCGCCUCCUGAGGUUAUUUCUCCCAGAAGAACCCAA